AUGCAUCAAGCUGAUAGGGUCAAACUACAAUUUGGCCAUUUACAAAGGAUACCUGAAGAAGCUCGAUGCUUGGCUGAACACCAUAAAAUGACAACAUUAAAAGCGCGUCGACAUGCAUAUACCACAUUAUACUCUGAUGAACAAAAUUGUUGGUUGCAUCGAGAAUUGUUUACGUUGGAUGGAGAUCAAUUACAAACAGAGGAGAAACCGUCAAAAGAGUACAUGCAAUGGUAUCACUCACUUCCACAUAGAUAUGCAUCGUACGAACAAUUUCUCACUGACCCUUGCCAAAAUCAAUAUGCCUCUACUCAGGCAAGUGGCUCUCAACAAACUCACCACUCACAACAUUCUCAGCCUCCCCAACCCCAAUCCUUCCAACAACAAACUCCUCACUUUUCCCAACAUCAAACACCCAUCCCCCAUUAUCCUGAACAACAAACUUUUAACCCACAUUUAUCUCAACUACAAACUCCUGCCCCUUAUUUUUACCAAAAUCAAACCUUUAACACCCAAUACCCGCAAUCUCACUCCCAACCAAAUUACAUUUAUGAAUCCCAACAACCACAAUUUUAUAAUAGGCCAACUACACAAUUCACACUCAUCAUGCGACCAAACUUCGAUUCCUCCUCCUCCCAACAUAACCCGCCAUAUUUUCCAACCAUGUGUCCGCCACAACAGCCGCAAUAUAAUUUGGGCGAAGAUCUUAACGUCAGUGAUUAUGAUUUACUGCAAAGUAUUUGGUCUCCUCCACAAGCUACCGCUCCUACUCAAGAUAAUCCUCCAACAUCAGAUGCAACACAACAAAAUCCUCUAACAACAGAGACCGAAGAACAAUUCCUCCAACAACAGAGACCGGAGAACAAUAUGGUUUUGGUCAUCGUGCUCCGCGACCGCGUCAUUGUUUUACCGGUACUCGUUUAG